AUGCCGCGAGAGGACGUAGCUCUCCACAAAUUCAUCUCUCUCUACCUUAAGAAACGUUUCACUCUAGUUAAUUUGUUCUGUGAUGAACUGGUGUUAAGUAAAAUCUAUAAUUAUUUUUGUCCAUUAUCUAUCUAUCUAUCUGAUUUUUUUCAUUAUCUAUCUAAUUUGGUUCAUUAUCUAUCUAUCUAUCUAUCUAUCUAUCUAUCUAUCUAUCUAUCUAUCUAUCUAUCUAUCUAUCUAUCUAUUUCAGAUGACUUCAUUUACUUCUUCCUUUCCUUUUUCUUUCUCUCUUUCGAUGUCAAUCUUGAUUCAUCCGCAUUUUCCUUUCCCUUUAUUUCAGAGAGUCAUUUCUUUAUUCCUUUCUUUCGCUUUCUCUUUCGUUUUCCGGCUACGUCCAUUUGCUUAUUCCAUUUCUUUUUCUUUCUCUUCGUUUUCAGGCAGGGCUCAUUUCCUUUUUCCUUUCUUUUCUUUUCUCUUUCGUUUAUAAACUGCGUUCAUUUGCUUCUUCCUUUCCUUUUUCUUUCUCUUUCGUUUUCAGGCAGGGUUCAUUCGCUUCUCCCCCCGCCUUUUUUUUUCUUUUACGUCCUUUUAUUGUUUUAUUAUCUAUUUCUUCUUUCCUUUAGCUUUUUGGUUGUGUUUCACCCUCGGUGUUUCAUCGUGUUUUUUAUUUACUUCUUCUUUUCUCUUCACUUUUUGUCACUUUUUUUGUUUAUCCUCAUAUUUCAAGUCCCAUUAUAUUUUUCUCUUUUAUUUUGUUAUUUGUUUCUUUAUUUAUCUCUUUUUCUCUUACUUUCGCGCCGAUUAAUAUUUUCUUUGUUUACUUUCAAAAUAAAUAACCACAAAAUAUGUCGUUCGUCGCCGUCGUCAUUGUUAGACUUUGAUAUUCUAAGUGAUUCCCUUCCAUUUCCUUUUUUUAUUUUCUUCUUUCUUUUAUACUUCAGCGCCACGGCCGACACCAGACCCCCACCCCCGCCACACACAUCAACUUAUGAACGACCAGCGAAAAAGAAGUGCAAAAGUCAUUUGUCAAAUUGA